AAAUGAGAUGGGGGUAUCUUUCUUGGGAGCUUCUCUUUGAUGAAGAAAUGGGAAAAGCAGAGAGAGAUAGAGAGAGAGAGAGUCUGUGUGUGUGAUUUUUGGAGCUUGUCUCACAUAUCGAGGCAAGGAGCGCCCACCACUACUCUAUCAUUAACGAUUAACAUUAACGUUAACAAUUAACAAAAACACUAAGAGGCGUUGCUUAAUUACCGUGUACCUAGAGACAUGAUACACAGUGUUAUUAGCUUUUUUUUAUUUUUUACAUUUUCUGCCUUUAGGAGACGUGGAAGCAUGGCAGCCAUAUUUUUUCCCUCUUUUCUCAGUCACCUGUCCCAUUUCUGAAACAUAACACGGGAGAGGAAGGAGAGAAGGGAGGGCGAAGCGGAUAGAACGAAAAGGGAGGAGGGAUGGAGGGAGGCGCGGCAGGAAGAAAAAGUGGCAUGCUCUCGGGUUGCUGACGAGGAAGGUGGUGAUGAUGGUGGGUUUCGAUUCACCUCCUUUUGCUGCAUUAUGUCGAUGCUGGGAACCUUCCUCUAAACCUUCUUUCAUGGCGGGUACUGCUAGUCUCAGUGUGUGGUUUGAUCGAAUUCUUAUUCCAUUACCUCCACGCUUUUUCUCUUAUUUUUCAUGACAAUCAUCCUGUUUUCCAUCGGGUCAGAUUCCGUGAGCUGAGCGACCUGGAUUCUCUGAACCCGACAGACAGCCUAUAGCGUUAUUCUUCUUCUCAGCAGCAAAGCCACUGUCAAAUCCUUGCUCUCCAAGCAACUUCUGCAUUUGUUUAUAAAGUCUCUCUUUGGCCCUCUGGCUCUUCAUAAGCAAAACCUUCAAGUCUUUCCUCUGAAUUUGUUUCUGCGAUCUGUCUUGAAGCAAAACAGGUGUUUGACUGAGGUGUCGUAUUUAUGUUUUCCUGAGUGCAGUACUUGUCGAUUUUGUGUGAUGGCAACCGAGAGUGGAAAAGCUUUCACAAGGAGGGACCGGCUGUUGGAGAUAGAGAAGAAGGUUCGUGGCUGGUGGGAUGAGAAAGAUGCUUUCCGGGCUGAACCUGGUGCGGGGCCAGCUAAACCAGGCGAGAAGUUCUUUGGCAACUUCCCAUUUCCGUAUAUGAAUGGGUUCUUGCAUCUUGGACAUGCGUUUUCGCUCUCCAAGCUUGAAUUUGCUGCUGCUUUCCAUAGAUUGGAUGGGGCUAACGUGCUCCUUCCAUUUGGUUUUCACUGCACCGGUAUGCCUAUACAGGCCUCAGCAGAUAAGCUUGCAAGGGAGAUUGAAAAGUUUGGCAAUCCACCCUUGUUCUCGAAAGAGGUAGAGGAGCCAGUGGAAUCGCAACCAGAGCCUGAGGAUGCAAGUGCAGGUCCACCGCCAGAUCAGUUCAGGGGCAAAAAGUCCAAGGCUGUGUCGAAAUCAGGUGGACAGAUGUUUCAGUGGGAGAUUAUGCGCAGUUUUGGGCUGUCUGACAGUGAAAUAGCUGAGUUCCAGAAGCCAGGAAAAUGGCUUGCUUACUUUCCGCCACUGGCCAUGCAAGAUCUGAAGGAUUUUGGCUUGGGAUGUGAUUGGAGAAGAUCGUUUAUUACGACAGAUAUGAAUCCAUAUUUUGAUUCAUUUGUGCAGUGGCAGAUGAGGAAGUUGAGGGACAUGGGGAAGAUUAUCAAAGAUAAAAGAUACACUAUAUACUCUCCCUUGGAUGACCAACCAUGUGCAGAUCAUGACAGGGCAAGCGGUGAAGGUGUGUUGCCCCAAGAUUACACUCUUGUCAAGAUGGAAGUGUUGCCCCCUUUCCCACUUAAAUUCAAAGCAUUGGAGGGAAGAAAAGUGUUUCUAGCUGCUGCUACAUUGAGACCCGAGACUAUGUAUGGACAAACAAAUGCAUGGGUACUGCCUGAUGGCAAUUAUGGAGCUUUCGAAGUCAAUGAUACUGAUGUCUUCAUCCUGACAGAAAGAGCUGCCCUUAACCUCGCCUAUCAGGGCUUCUCGAAGACCCCCAAACACCCUAGUUGCUUGGUUGAGCUGACUGGGUAUGAUCUGAUUGGUCUGCCAUUGAAGUCUCCGCUUUCCUUCAACAAGGUCAUUUAUGCGCUUCCCAUGCUGACCAUUCUGACAGACAAAGGUACAGGGAUUGUUACCAGUGUGCCUAGCGAUGCCCCCGAUGAUUAUAUGGCAUUGCGGAUUUUGAAAGCGAAACCAGCUUUCAGGGAAAAGUAUGGCGUGAAGGAUGAGUGGGUAGUGCCUUUUGAGAUUGUACCUAUAAUCAACAUUCCAGAAUUGGGCGAUAAGGCUGCUGAAAAGGUUUGCUUGGACCUGAAAAUUAAGAGCCAAAAUGAGAAAGAGAAGCUUGCCGAAGCUAAGAGGUUGACGUACUUGAAAGGAUUUACUGAUGGCACAAUGCUUGUUGGAGAAUAUGCAGGGAUGAAAGUUCAAGAAGCAAAGUCAUUGUUAAGGACCAAGCUCAUUGAGACAGGUGAGGCAGUCAUGUACAGUGAGCCUGAGAAGCGUGUCAUGUCAAGAUCUGGUGAUGAAUGUGUAGUGGCUCUGACGGACCAGUGGUACCUCACUUAUGAUGAUCCUCAAUGGAAGGAAUCAGCUGAGGAGUGCUUAUCCAGGAUGAAUCUCUACUCUGACGAGACAAAACAUGGCUUUGAGCAUACUUUGGGCUGGCUAAAUCGGUGGGCUUGCUCAAGAUCUUUUGGGCUUGGGACUCGCAUUCCAUGGGAUCCAGAGUUUCUUGUUGAAUCAUUGUCUGACUCUACUAUUUACAUGGCUUAUUACACUGUUGCUCACUUGCUACACAACGAGGACAUGUACGGUACAAACAAGGCUCAUCCUAUUAAACCUGAAGAAAUGACUGAUGAUGUCUGGAAUUUCAUCUUCUGUGAUGGUCCAUACCCCACAUCAUCAAAAAUAGAUUCGUCUGUUCUUGAUAAGAUGAAGGAGGAGUUCGAAUAUUGGUACCCGUUUGAUCUUCGAGUGUCUGGGAAGGACCUCAUUCAGAAUCAUCUGACGUUCUGCGUCUUCAACCACACAGCAAUCAUGGCUAAGCAUCACUGGCCACGUGGAUUCAGGUGUAAUGGACACAUUAUGCUCAAUUCUGAGAAGAUGUCCAAGUCUACAGGAAAUUUCAAGACGCUGCGUCAGGCCAUUGAUGAAUUCUCUGCGGAUGCUACUCGGUUCAGUCUGGCUGAUGCUGGAGAUGGUGUGGACGAUGCCAACUUUGCAUUUGAGACUGCGAAUGCUGCUAUCCUUCGCCUUACUAAAGAGACUGCGUGGAUUGAAGAGGUUCUAGCUGCAGAGGCAUCCCUGAGAACUGGUCCACCAUCUACCUUUGCUGAUCGGGUGUUUGAAAAUGAAAUAAAUAUUGCUGUUGAAACGACAAGAAAGAAUUAUGAAAAAUACAUGUUCAGAGAGGCGUUAAAGACUGGAUUCUAUGAUCUCCAAGCUGCCAGAGACGAGUACAGGUUAUCUUGUGGUAGCGGGGGCAUGAAUCAUGGCUUGUGGUUAUCUUGUGGUAGUGGGGGCAUGAAUCAUGGCUUGGUAUGGCGUUUUAUUGAUGUGCAGACACGACUUAUUACUCCUAUCUGCCCACAUUAUGCAGAACAUGUUUGGAGGGAGCUUUUGAUGAAGGACGGAUUAGCAGUGAAUGCAGGCUGGCCUAUAGCUGAUUCUCCAGAUGAAACUCUUAAGGCUGCCAACAAGUACUUGCAAGACUCGAUUGUUUUGAUGAGGAAGCUUCUUCAAAAGCAAAUCACGGGUUCAAAGAAAUCCAAUAAGAAGGCAGCUCCAGUUGCUACACUAACUGAAGAGAAGAUAACAAGUUUGAUAUAUGUGAAUGAGGAGUAUGAUGGAUGGAAAGUAGGGUGCUUGAAUAUACUUCGUAGUAAAUUUGACAGAAAAACAGGUACUUUUGCACCAGAUGAGGAGAUAUUGGAGGCACUGCAAAAAAGUUCAGUUGGUCAAGAUGCCAACUUUAAGGAAGUGCAAAAGCUUUGUAUGCCUUUCUUGAGGUUAAAAAAGGACGAAGCUAUAGCUAUAGGGGCUCAAGCCUUGAAUCUGAAGCUUCCGUUUGGGGAGAUUGAGGUUCUUCAGGAGAACCUGGACUUGAUCAAGAGGCAAAUUGGUCUGGGGUCGGUGGAAAUAUUGUCUGCAACAGACCACGAUGCUAAAGCCAAAGCUGGUGCUUUGUCCUCUGUACUGGAUCAGAAUCCUCCCUCUCCUGGAAAUCCGACUGCUGUCUUCUUGAUACAGUGAGAGGACUCAUUCAGUUGCAAUUUAAAUCUAUCUUCAGGGACAUGGCUUUAGCUGAUGCGAGACUUGUCUUUCUUCUGCCAGCAAGCUGUUUCCUUUAAUUAAUAUAAUCACAUGCAUGCGUUUGUCCAUAGAUUUUCUGAUGUUAACUCUAUUUGGUUUUACCAUACGCCCCUCUUUGUUAAAUAAGUGCAGAAAGUUGUCAGCAUGCAUGUUAAUUUCUUCUUAUGAGUUAUAUGUUAAUAUACCCAGCCAAAACUAGAAUACCAAGAGAGUUUUUGAAUCAAGUCAUUUUGCAGAAUCUCUUCUCUGACAAUACACUCAGCAGACCACCAAAUACCAAGAGAGUUUUUCUUCCAAAAGAAAACUGCAGUCCUCCGGAUCCGCAACCCCCAAGUUCCCUUAUACAUAGAAGGUUUUGCUAUACAAGGAGUCUAACCCCUUUCCAAAAAAUCAGCAUCUUUAUAUGAUAAGAUAAUCUUUAUAGCUAACAUUAAGAGUCCUAAAUUGUAUACAUUCCUAAGAUUAUAUAUGGUAACAUUAUAUUGGUGUCAAUUUAAAGCUCAGCCUAUGCCUUCCUCGGCAUGUGCUGACAUUAUCAGCUUGUUUUGAUUCCGUCUCUGUUUUGGAACAGAUUUUUCUUUUUUUGUCCAGCUAAAUAUUAUCUC